AUGGCUCUCCUGCGGAUGUGUGCAGAGUGGAGAACCUCGACCAGCAUGCCGUUGCUCGUUUUUCACCUAUUUUGCUUUUUCACGCUGAGCAAAAGCGUGCUUUUGAAUAAUGGUGCUGACAGUGUUGAAUCUCACCAAGAAGCGUCGGCCCUGCUCCGAUCUCUCAAUUUACCCCAACAUACAGAAUAUGAAAUUGUAUCUCCCUAUGAGGUCAACCACCAAGGCGUUUACAUCUCUCACGACGUUGCCCACAACCAGCGCAGAAGGCGACGCAGAUCCUUGACCCCGGGUGCUGGCUCAUCAAAAACCGAAGGCAGCAGCGAAACGGUCCACUUCCGACUGAGUGGCUUGGGGCAGGACUUCCACAUGGAGCUGAGGGAGGCCUCAGGGAGCCUGAUUGCACCUGGCUUCACCAUCCAGGUCCUGGGAAAGAACGGCACAAAGAGCCUGAGGGCCUACCACCAGGACGACCUCUGCUUUUACCAGGGGUUGCUGAGAUCAAAGGUCAACUCCUCUGUGGCACUGUCCACAUGCACGGGGAUGUCAGGUUUGAUCAGAACACAGGAUGCAGACUAUUUCCUGAGACCCGUCUCCCUCCGCCUGGCCCAGAGGGAGAACUUCACAGCACCCUCCAGUCACCAACCACACAUCCUCUACAAGAGCGAGAGGAACUCCCAUACAGAGCAGAGAGGUCACGACCCUCGGGUGGUUCAGAAGAGAUCCUCAGAUUCAACUCAUCACAAAUCACACAGACACCUUGUCACCAAGAGAUCCACAAUCUCACAGGAAGACCCCAUCACCUCCAGCACAGUUCAUGAAGAGCAACAAGGUGACAUCAGUCACGGUGACCAGAUAGAGCAUCACCGAAGCAGCCAUCGCCAUGACAAUGACCACAGACAGGGGGAGAAGCAGAGGCAACACUUCUGCGGGAGACGGAAGAAAUACAUGCCCAAACCUCCGGAAGAGGAUGUCUUUAUCCUUCCAGACGAGUACAAAUUCAACCCGAGGAACAAAAGAGCAUUACCAAUGAAGAAACAGGCCAAUCAGAAGCUCAACGUGGAGACGCUGGUGGUGGUGGACAGGAAGAUGAUGGACAACCAUGGUCAUGAGAACAUUACCACAUAUGUUCUUACUGUGCUUAAUAUGGUCUCCAGUCUCUUCAAGGACGGUACAAUAGGGGGGAACAUCAACAUAGCGAUAGUUGGCCUUGUGCUUCUGGAUGAAGAGCAGGAUGGCUUGGUGAUCAACCACCAUGCAGACCAUACACUGAACAGCUUCUGCCACUGGCAGUCCACUCUAGGAGGCAGAGAGGGCCGACACCACGACCACGCCAUUCUCCUCACAGGAUUCGACAUCUGCUCUUGGAAGAAUGAACCCUGUGACACUCUUGGUUUUGCACCAAUUAGUGGGAUGUGCAGCAAGUACCGAAGCUGUACCAUUAAUGAGGACACAGGCCUGGGUCUGGCAUUCACUAUCGCGCAUGAAUCUGGACACAAUUUUGGAAUGGUCCAUGAUGGUGAAGGGAACGUUUGUAAGAAGUCAGAAGGCAACAUCAUGUCUCCCACAUUAGCCGGUCACAAUGGUAUCUUCUCCUGGUCUGACUGCAGCCGCCAGUACCUCAGCCGCUUCCUCAAUUCUGCCCAGGCUGUGUGCUUAUCAGAUGAACCCAGAGCGGUCAAGGAGUAUCGGUACCCUGAGAAGCUGCCUGGCGAGCUGUACGACGCAGACACACAGUGUAAAUGGCAAUUUGGGGAAAAGGCCAAACUCUGCACCCUGGACUUUAAGAAGGAUAUCUGCAAGGCUCUGUGGUGCCACCGUGUUGGUAGGAAGUGUGAGACCAAGUUCAUGCCAGCAGCUGAAGGCUCUGCCUGCGGCCCUGAUAUGUGGUGUCGUAGGGGCCAGUGUGUGAAGCAGGGUGACGAGGGCCCGAGGCCUCAGCAUGGCCAGUGGUCAGAGUGGUCCUCCUGGUCAGCCUGCUCGCGGAGCUGUGAGAGCGGAGUCACCUAUCGGGAGCGCCAGUGCAACAACCCAAGACCUGCAUAUGGAGGGAAUUUCUGUGAGGGCUCCUCCAGGUCGUACAAACUUUGCAACACUCAGGAUUGUCCCGCAAACACCCCUGACUACAGAGCGCAGCAGUGCGCCGAGUUCAACGGCAAACAGUUCAGAGGAUGGUACUACAGCUGGAGGCCAUACACCAGAGUAGAUGAUCAAGAUGUAUGUAAGCUGUACUGCUUUGCUGAGGGUUAUGAUUUCUUCUUUGCCCUGGCCAGCAAAGUUAAGGAUGGGACACUCUGCUCACAGGACAGCUCUAAUGUCUGUAUUGACGGACUGUGUGAGAGAGUGGGCUGUGAUCGUGUUUUGGGCUCCACGGCUGUGCCUGAUGCUUGCGGGGUGUGUAAGGGAGACAACUCCACCUGCAAGAUCUACAAAGGACAGUACACCAAGCAGCAUUAUACCAACCAGUACUAUGGGGUGGUAACAAUCCCAGCAGGAGCUCGGAGUAUCCGUGUGUUGGAACUGAAUACGUCCAGCUCCUACCUGGCUGUCAGGGACACCCAGAGACGUUACUACCUGAACGGGCACUGGACCGUGGACUGGCCAGGCCGACACCCCAUCGCUGGAGCUAUUUUUGAGUACAAGAGACCAUACAACAGACCAGAGAGCCUCAUAUCAACUGGCCCCACUAAUGAGACACUAGUCAUAGAGAUAUUGUUGCAGGGCAGGAACCCAGGUGUACGUUGGGAAUACACUCUGAAGAAAGCUGAUGAGAAAAGGAACCACAUCAAACACAACUAUACAUGGGCCAUCAUACGCUCUCAAUGCUCAGCUACUUGUGCUGGAGGUCAGAUGAACACGAAGUCAGCAUGUUACAAAGACUUGAGAGUGCAAGUGAAUACAUCCUACUGCAAUCCCAGAUCUCGACCAGCUACUGGACUGAUGCCCUGCAACACCCAACCAUGUCCCGCCAGCUGGUCUGUAGGAGAGUGGGGGGGCUGCAGUCGGAGCUGUGGAGGAGGGGAGCAGACGCGGCAGGUCCAGUGUGUCCAGAGAACCAGCCAGGCCAACGCAGACGCCCUGGCUGACUCUCACUGUGCCCAGCCCACUCCAGCCAGGAGACAAGCCUGCAACUCACACAGCUGUCCACCAGUCUGGACCACUGGGCCGUGGUCACAGUGUUCUCGUAAGUGUGGCAGCGGCUUGAGGAAGAGGACGGUACUGUGUACGAGCACCAACCCAGGCGAACCAACACACACGCUGACAGACAGUUUGUGUGCUGGCCUGUCGAAACCCGCCAAUCAAGAAUCCUGUUUCCUCAAACGCUGCCAGAAACAACGCAAAGUCCAAUGGUUUGUCUCCACGUGGCAAGAGUGUUCAGUAACAUGUGGUCGUGGCCAUCAGGCACGCUUCAUAAAGUGUGCAGAGAAGGACACUGCAGGAAAGUACAGAGAGCUUGCUGCCAAGAAGUGCCACCAUGUCCCCAAGCCCACAGUAGAGCUCCAGAGGCCCUGCAUCCUGGCUGAGUGCCCCGUCCGCACUACCCCACCCGUCCACCGGUGGAGCACGCACCAUCUCACCUAUCCCCCUCAACCCCUCCCUCAACCUCCGCCUCAAGCAGAGUGGCUCUCAUCUCCUUGGUCUCAGUGCACAGUAACAUGUGGAGGAGGAGUGCAGGCCAGGACAGUCCAAUGUCUGGUCCAAGGGAAGCCCUCUCCUGGCUGUGCCCUCUAUCUUAAACCCUCAAUGUCCCAGGCCUGCAACACCAACUUCUGCCCACAACCUGAGAAGAAAGACCUUGCCUGUAGGGAUUACUUCAGCUGGUGUUACCUGGUGCCCCAGCAUGGAGUCUGCAACCACAAGUUCUAUGGAAAGCAGUGCUGUCAAUCAUGUUCAAAUUCAAACCUAUAAUCAUACACAGGGACUCUGUCUGUGACACAGAUGGAUAGGUGGUUAGAUAGACAAAAGACUUUGAUGUUUGACACCAAUGCUUGAAAAGACAGAGUUUUUGCUUUAAGCGUGUGGCGAGCACUGAAAACAAAUGUCGCUUCAAUGGAAGUGCAAAAGACUUGAUGUGCCCUUUCUCCUCCAUGCGAUGCCGGACAUCUGGAUACAAGAGCUUGAUUCAUUACACAGGGAAGUGAUCGGGACAGUACAAAUAAAGCAGAGGAUUAUGAGGAGGAACUAGCGACAUGGGAAUCUUGAUUAAAGCAUAGGACUGACAUAUCCAAAAGAAACUGAAAACCUGAAAAAUCCCAGCUUUGUUUAUAUACAGUAUGUAAUUGCACAGAUCUUUGCCCAGGACACCCAACAUUUCCCGGUCAACCACAGGCCAACGAUGGCAGGCCAACAGAGAAAAAAGAAACGGUUGACAAGGUUUCAGGCACCGCCACGCAACAACACGCGAUACGGCCUGGUCUGCACUGCAAUUCUUGAUCAAUUGGGAAUUUUGGGUCUGAUAAUGAAAAGGGAUGUUUCAAAAGAAGCAAUUAAGAAACAUAAUUUUACUCUACAGCUUGAUUAAGAACAGAUUUGGAAUCAUCAAAGUGGGUUUCCUCAAUAGCUGGACAAUAGCAAGAAGCUCUUUGUUGUCAUACAAAACAAAAAGGAAAGAGCAGAACGAAAUGCAUCAUACAUACAUACAUGAGUUAUUCUGAGAUGGGUCAAGGCUGUGUGAACUGACCUUCAUACUCAGCGGUGCUACAACGUUGUCUUCUGUCACAAAAUCAAUGUGAAAUCCUCAAGUUUCAGGAAAGAACACAUGAAUUGUGUGACCCAUGUACAGUAUUGUUUGUUUUAUUUAUUGGCUUUACAAUACAGCGUUGCUGGAAGACUGUAUUAAUAAGCAGUAUAAAUGUGUCAUUUUAUUACUCUACCUUAAGUCCAUUACCUUUAUAUUUUGUAUUGUGUUUCAUAGGAUUUCAUGCUGACAAACUGCACUUUUUUGUAUUACAAACAUUUACUUUAUUUUUUAAAGAAAAAAAAUAUUUGACAUCAAAAUUCAGCAAUGUCAACAUUGAUUAGUGACUAUUUACAACAGCUGCCGAGUUGAAAUCUAGGGUAUGAACAGAGUCUGCUCUAUUUACCCAUAACACUGUGCUGCAUUAUUACAGAAGUCAUGUAUUGCAUGAAUGGAUAUGGCAGAAAAACAAUGCAUUACAUAUUGUUAUGGUUAAAAGCACUAAUAAACGGGUGGUUUUCACAAUGUAAAUGAAAUAACAAUAAACAAAUGUGA